GACACAACAUGGCACACGGUCUGGUCAGACGAGAGUCGGUGGAGACGGAGAUGCACAAGUCCGAGGACCAAAGCAAAACCUUCGUUUACACCAAGAAGCGGGGGUAUGAUGUUACCCGCAACCCCUACCUGAACAAGGGCAUGGCCUUCUCCCUGGAGGAGCGUCUCCAACUUGGGAUCCACGGCCUGCUGCCUCCCUGUUUCAUCAGCCAGGAUGUCCAGUUGCUCCGCGUGCUCAAGAACUACGACAUGAAGAGAGACGACCUGGACAGAUAUGUGUUUCUGAUGGGGCUCCAGGACCGCAAUGAGAAGCUGUUCUACAGAGUGCUAACAUCAGACAUCGAGAGGUUUAUGCCCAUCGUUUACACCCCCACUGUGGGCCUGGCCUGCCAGCAAUAUGGUCUGACAUUUAGAAGACCGAGGGGGCUUUUCAUCACUAUUCAUGACCGCGGCCACAUUUCUACACUGCUCCAGAGCUGGCCAGAAAAGGACAUCAAGGCUGUGUGCGUGACUGAUGGAGAGAGGAUCCUGGGACUGGGAGACCUGGGCUGCUAUGGCAUGGGCAUCCCUGUGGGCAAGCUGGCCCUCUACACAGCCUGCGGAGGCAUGCCGCCACAGCAGUGCCUGCCUGUCAUGCUGGACGUGGGCACAGACAAUGAGGAGCUGCUGAAGGACCCUUUCUACAUCGGGCUGAGACAUAAGAGAGUGCGAGGCCAAGCCUACGAUGACCUGCUGGAUGAGUUUAUAAAGGCUGUGUCAGACAGGUAUGGGAUGGACUGUCUCAUUCAGUUUGAGGACUUUGCCAAUGUGAAUGCUUUCCGUCUGCUGAGCAAAUACCGAAACAAGUACUGCACUUUCAAUGAUGACAUCCAAGGCACAGCGGCGGUGGCAGUAGCCGGGCUCCUAGCUGCCCUCCGAAUCACUAAGAGCAAAAUGUGUGACCAUACCAUUGUGUUCCAAGGUGCUGGGGAGGCAGCCAUGGGCAUCGCUGAGCUCAUCACCAUGGCCAUGGAGAAGGAGGGACUCACUAAAGACGAGUGCGUGAAAAAGAUCUGGAUGGUUGACUCUAAGGGUCUUAUUGUCAAGGGUCGAGACCAGUUGACUCAUGAAAAGAAGAGGUAUGCUCACGAACACGCACAGAUGAAAAAACUGGAGGACGUGGUGAAGGACCUCAAACCCACAGCUAUCAUUGGUGUGGCAGCCAUUCCUGGAGCCUUCACAGAGCAGAUCAUCAGAGACAUGGCUUCCUUCAAUGAACGGCCCAUCAUCUUUGCCCUCAGCAACCCAACCAGCAAAGCUGAAUGCACUGCAGAACAGUGUUACACAUUAACACAGGGCCGGGGCAUCUUUGCCAGUGGCAGUCCGUUUGACCCCGUGACCCUGCCUGAUGGGAGGAAGUUCUACCCCGGACAGGGAAACAAUGCUUACAUCUUCCCCGGUGUGGGCCUGGGCGUCACUGCUUGUGCUAUCCGCCAUAUUACUGAAGAAAUAUUCCUCACCACAGCAGAGGCGGUUGCUGACCUGGUGACAGAGAAAGACCUGGCAGAGGGAAGACUGUACCCGCCCCUCUGCUCCAUCAGGGACGUCUCCCUCAAACUGGCAGUCAAGAUCAUGGAGUACGCCUACGAGCACAACAUGGCAACACUUUACCCAGAGCCGGCCGACAAAGAGGCGUAUGUCCGCUCGCUCAUCUACGGCACUGAGUAUGAGGAGUUCGCUGUGGACUCGUACAGGUGGCCAGAGGACACCAUGACCUUCCAGUCAUGCAAACUCUAAUGUGAUGGACAGAGGGAAAGCAACUCUGGCACCCAAGGAUCAAGGCAACUACUGAAGUGCAAUAUCAUCACCAGCAUUCAUGUUGGGGUUCGAAAGAGGCUGCGUGUAGAAUUUUCUCGUGAAUAUAUUACUGUCAAAUUAGCCGUGACAACACAUUUUUAAUGGUAGCAGACGACCAGCACUGUUUCUGAUAGUUCUCAAAAGUGGUGACAUAUGUAGAGAAAUAUAUAAAAAAAAAAGGAGCAAACGCGAAGAAACAUGUUGAGGCAAAGCUGCUCGCAGAGGCUAGAAAAUGUAUCGGUAAUUGUUGUUACCACAUAUUUUUCAUUGAUAUAUUUAGAGAAAAUCCUUCACGGGUUACCUUUAAUUGUACUGUAAAAGAGAAUUACUAUAUGAUUGUUUCAGCUAAAAUCCAAAAACACACUGUUAAAAACAUGAAUAAAUAAAUAAAUAAAUCAGCUUUGAUGAAUGUUUAUCCUGUGUGUUUGGUUAGUGCAUCUGUCCGCCUCAGCCUUUUCAGCCCCACACCCGCAUGCUGUAUCUUCAUUGGUUUUGUACUUAAUGAUGUGGCAAAGGGCAGGUAAUAGACUCAGAUGUAAAAGGGACUUUCUAAAGACCUGGCAGGGCUUUUUAAAUAGCCUCCAUCAAGUUUGUGCCCUAUUAAAAAUGUGACUCACUCCUACUAGUGGGUGCUCCUUUCAUUGAUCCACGUGGUUGCUGUGUUGCUGGUGCUCAGUAGCCAUCAGUUUGACACAGAGCAUGUAGCGAGCAAUAUUUUUUGUCUCCCACUGAUGCAACUUGUCUUAAUAAUCAUAAUUAGAAACAUGACCAGCAACAUGUAUUUUUAAUGAUUGGUUUUUGGUUGUUUUCAGUCACCACUACUAAUACCCUUCAUGUUAGUAUAAUAAUAGUUUUAAUGCUCAUAUCAUGUACUUUUUAUUCACUUUCAGCAGCUGGGUGAGUGUUUGCAUGACAUCAGCAGUGGGUCUGUGGCUGUUAGACCACAUGUACAUGUAUUACAGCAAUAAAAGAGCAUCCAAAGA